ACUCGCUUUGUUGCUUAUGCGACCGCCUCGAGCAAAUGGCUAGCCGCAGUUUUGGAGCUGAUAGGCAUGCAUGCCGCGCGCUUGACGGCCAGUCGGGCCCGACUGAAAGACCUUGAUUUGAUGGAGAAUUUGCCCAAAACUUCUCUAACCAGUCUAUCGGGGUUGAGCCUCGCAAGUUUGAAUGAUUUGGAGGUACUUCAAGAGUCAAAGAUCGUUUAUAACCAAGUGGUGGAUGAGCUUCAUAGCCGCGAUUUACGCCCUCGAGUGGAUCCCCUAGAGAAACUGCCACAUGAAAUAACAUUGAAAAUCCUUCUUGAUGUCUCUAAUUACGCCUGGUGCUUAAAGGAUCUUCUUGAACUCACGCUAGUCUCGAUGAAGUGGCGUGCAGUCAUAUUUUCGGAACCGCUCUUGUGGAAUUACAUU